UCCUCCUCUCGGAGUCUCAGGGCUGCUGACUCAGCCGGAGGGAAAACUCAAAGGGCGCUUCGCCGCCCGGCUUGCCCGCCUCCCCGGGGAUGUUGCCCGGGAGCCCGCUCUGUUCGCAGCUCUUGUCCGAAGCCGCCUGGCUCUGAAGGGGACGCGCGGAGCGGUCGCGGGAGACUUUUCCCGCCAGCGCCGGGGACAAAGCGGAGCGAAGUUGCCCUCGGGUUUUCUCCUCGUCCUCAGCCGGGAACCCCAGUCACCAUGACAGCCAUAGCAGCGCAGACCCAGUGGUUACUUUCACGUAGAAGACCGAAGAAAUCAUUCUUUGAGACCUUUAUCAGGAGCUUAAUUAUCCUCUGUGUUGCAAUUGCCAUUGUUCUGUUGUCCAUUGCGGUAUGUGAUGGCCAUUGGCUUUUUACAAAAGGAAAACUCUUUGGUCUUUGGCAUUUCUGUACCCUUGGAAGCAACAGCACCUUGAAAUGCACCACUGAUCUCUCUGUGACCAACAUCAGAGGGAUAAGCAUAGGAAUGACUUUUAUAAGAAGUAUGGUGUCCUUUGCCGUUGUUCUUGCAAUCUUUGGCCUGGAACUUCUCAUGAUCUCUCAAGUCUGCGAAGAUAUCAACUCAAGGAGAAAAUGGUCCAUGGGCUCAGUCCUCAUUCUUGUCUCAUUUCUACUGUCAUCGGCUGGAAUGGUGAGCUUCUUAAUCCUUCUGAGAGACUACAUCACGAUCACAAGUUUUACGUUAACCUACUGGUGUGAAUUUAUUGCAACAUUCCUUUUCUUCCUUAAUGGAAUCAGUGGACUUCACCUUAACAACCUAACUUUUCCAUGGAACAGAGUGAGAAAAAAUUAAACACAAUGAACCAAAUAUCCUGAGAAUAUAUUGCAGCUCAUUAACAUUCAAGAAAGACAACAAGAGGGUUGUUUUUGAGGGGAAUUGUUUAGUUUGAUUUUUUUUGUAGCAUAAGGUAAAAGAUUUCCAACAACUUGCUACUUUCUAGAUGAUGUCUCCAAAUUAAGUUGAUAAUGGAUGCUAAGUACUGGAAAUGGGAAAUUAUAACCUGUUGGGAUUUUAAAUAAUGCAUCUAACCAUAGUAAUGGAAUAGCAAAAAGUAACUUGCUUAAUUUAAAACUCAGUUCAUAAGCCUCAACAUCCUUAAUCCGGUUACAAUCAUUAUCUUUUAAGUGUCUCACUGAAAUGAAUAAGACAACCAAUCACAUUACUUUUAUUUGAGUUGGGUGGGAACCAAAUUCCAUAAACCAAGUAGAAUAUGUCUUACUUAAUAUGUGCUGUGUGAAUGGGUUUUGUGCAUUUUCAUGAUUGUGUUCUUCAUAUCAAUAAAUUGUAUCACCAGAAAUAUUUGUACUAUGCAGGACAUAGGGCAGUACCAGCUAGAACUUCUAAUAAACACAAAUAAUUUGCUUU